AUGUUCGCUUCCCGACUCACUUCCUCCCUCCGAGCUCUCCCUCGUCAAGCUUCGGCCGUUCGAAUGGCCAGAAGAGGAUAUGCUGAAGCUGCUGGUGCUGAUGGAAAACUGCAAUUAAGUUUGGUGUUGCCUCAUCAAUCCCUCUACUCUUCAGCCGGUGUUAUCCAAGUGAACAUCCCUGCCGCUACCGGUGACAUGGGUGUUCUUGCCAACCACGUAGCCUCAGUUGAAGCUCUCCGAGCCGGUGUAGUAGAAGUCAUUGAGGAGAACGGUCAAGCUGGAAAGAAGUGGUUUGUCUCAUCUGGUUUCGCUACCGUCCACGGAAACAACACUCUCACAAUCAACGCUGUCGAGGCCUACCCUCUUGACAACUUCUCUCCAGAGAACAUCCGAUCUGGUCUUGCCGAUGCCAACCGAGUCCUCUCAUCUUCCGCUCCCGAAUCAGAAAAAGCAGAAGCUAGAAUCGAAGUUGAAGUGUUCGAAGGUCUCCAAGCUGCUCUUGCUAAAUAA